AUGGUAUCCUUGACCGUUUCCUGGUCAUCGGAACAUACGAAGCGGACAGGAAAGGCGGCAUUGACCCCAUCUGACUCCUGCUCAGUGGAGAGUGAGGUGAUCUUCCCAAGGUGGACUGAUUGUUUGUCCUGGACCAGCAGUGUAACAGAUCGUUUAACGAGGUUGCUAAUGAAAGAUCGGAUGUCUUCUGACAUUCUUGUCUUUGAUGUUUUUCCCUUACAGCUUUCACACAGUCCUCGCUAUGAAAAAUCAGCCUUGCCCUGCUCCAGAUUUGUCAAGCACAUGAGGAAUUUCUGUGCAUCUCACAAAUUUAACAGCCUACAUUUCAUGCCUGUGCCAGGGUUUCUAGAAGGGGCUCCGAGUGCAUUACAAUGUAAAAAACUACUCUGUACUCGUCAGUUCAUAAUCCCUAGAUCUUCCAUGAGCAGAGUUUCUUUGGAUGAAGAAAGCUUUGGAGAAGCCUGUGUUUCCCCUGCACCAUCCAGUGAGAUAGAAGAAGAACCACUGGUCUUUACUGUCAAAGAAGAAGGCAAGAAGAGAGACAGAGGAAUACUGAAGCAGGCUUGGAGUAGCCCAUAUUUGGAACAUCAGUUGACAAAUAAGCCUGUUAAACCACCCCCAGUGCGUGCUGUUUCUCUGGAAGCUGCAGGUAGACAUAUACCACUUCAGAACCACCCUACAGCUAACUCCAAGGGCAAUCCUGGUCCCAAGUUUAAGAGAACUUUCUCUGCUAUUGGCCUGUGCAGAAGUUUCCAGAAUCCCUGCGCCCAGCAGAGCACCUGGCGGACCUCCUCUGAGCCCAAGCCGCUGGAACCCAAGCCGAAGGACAGGGCAGCAACCCCCCAAAACUCCCAGGGGGCGUCACACCCAGAUUUCCUUAAAGAACCUUUAAUCGUGUCCGGAAGUGCACUGGGAGUCCCAGUUGCCAUGGCACCGGAGACGCUAGCCAAGGAAGGGAGGAGGAGGGCAGUUACCUCCUUCCCUCAGCUCUCCUCCCGUCCCUGCUCCAAGGGGCUAAUAAAUGUUUGUUCCUUGGCACCCCAUCGCCCUCUCGGGCGUUUCCAUAAGGCCUGCUCACAGGCCCUUCCGAGGCCAGUGGUGAAUGCGGCGCUGAAUGCUCGCUUACGCUGA